AUUUGUCAUUGUCAGUUCGAAGCCGGUAGUGGCGUCCGCGGAAGAUUAGUGCUCUGAUUAGUGCAGUAUUUUGAAGCAAGUUAUCCUGUUUUGUGCAAAAGUUCCAUAUUGAAAUCGUGAAUAAUUGUGUGCUCGUUUCUAUUUGCGUCGCAAUUCAUUCGGUCCACAACUGAAUAAUCUCCCCACAACGUACAAUGGCUGAGAAAUCGGAAUCUCUCGUGACAAAAGAGGAGAAGGUCGCUGAGGCAAAGGAACUGUUUGGCCGCGGUAGUCGAAACUACUGCAUGAAACAGUAUUCGGAUGCUGCUGAUGAUCUGAGCGCUUGCUGCAACAUCUACUCGGAGCUUUACGGUCCCACUGCGGACGAGUGCGGUGUAGGUUAUCUGCUGUAUGCUAAAUCUUUGAUUGCGCUCGGUAAGGACGAGAACAAUUUGAUCGUUCCGGGUGAAGGUGAGGAAGGCGAAGAUGAUGACGAUGAAGACGACGAAGAGGGUGGUGAAGAAGGCGAAGCUGAAGCUGAUAAGGAGAAUACAGAAGAUGGCGAAAAGGAAGACAAGUCAGAAAGUGCCACCAAUGAAACAGCAAAAUCAGAUAAAGCUGAAAACGGAGAGUCUAAACAGGACGAAGCUGUAGCUGGAGGAUCAUCAUCAAAAACUGAAGAAGAUCCACAACCUGGUCCUUCGACAUCAAACGGCGUGGAACACGAAAAAGAUGACACUGAAGAAGAUGAGGAAGAGAAAUGCGAAGGCAACCUGGAGAUUGCUUGGGAAAUUUUGGAGCUAGCCGUGAAAAUCUUUGAGGGACAAGGGGAAAAAUCGUUGGAUAACUUGUCAGAGUGCUACUCAGAGCUGGCUAGCAUUUCUUUGGAAAACAGUAAUUUCGCAAUUGCCAUCAGCGAUUACAAGAAAGCUUUGGCAGUGUACGACAAAACCGGUAAAGCUGACCGGCGGAUCAUUGCUGAGAUUUACUACAAACUCGGUCUGUGUCAUUUGAUGCAGAACGAAUAUGAAGAUUCCAUCACCGCUUUCCGAGAAGCUUGUAGCGAAAUGGAUAAGGUUAUUCAACAGGAACAGAGCAAGGAGCAGACCGAUGAAACCAAAGCUGCUAUUAAGGAAAUCGAGGAAACCAAGCAGGAAAUUAUGGAGAAGAUUGCCGAAGUCGAAGAUACCAAGAAAACGUCCAUCGAGGUCGUCAAACGAGAAUUGUCUAAAAUUAUCGUCAAAGGAGAGACCUCCAAUGGCUUCGACAGCGCUGGUCCUUCCUCGUCUUCCUCGGCCACCAACGGAACCUCUUCCAGUGCGAAACCCACCGACAUUACUCACCUUAUCAAGCGAAAGAAACCGGACUCUGCCACCACCGAGGUUGAAGGUUCUCCCGCCAAAAAGACGGCAGUUGAAGCAGACAAAUCCAGCGAAUAAGUGUGUACUGGUUAAGCUCUUUUUUUACUUAAAGUUUCCGUUUCCUUAUCAUUUGAUAACUCUAGAGCACUCCCAGUUAAGUUACAAAUGUCUACAUUUUUUAUUUAUUUUCUAAAUAUUUUUUUUCUGUUCUUCGUUCAAUUAGCAAAUAGUAAGCACAUCCAUAUUGAGAUAUACAUUUAAAAAUCGAAAUUAGAUCCAUGUCUGUGAAUGUCCAAA